UCCUUUCAUCUCUCCCCCCACAGUCAUAGCAAGAUAUAGGGGAGGGGGGAGGAGAGUUACAUUACUAACACACACACACAUACACAGACGCGACAUUACUUACGGAGCCAGGCUCCAGUUUGGAACUCUGUCUACAACGCGCAGAUACCGCCUCGUUAAGAUUUAUUUUUUAAUUUGUUGGACUUUCUUUUCCGUUUUAAAAGAGAGUGGUGUUCAAUACUUUGCCUGUUUAUCAAGGAUGUGCUAUACAUGCAGCUGCAGAAAUAUAGACACGCCGCGUCUGAUGUAAAACGGACAAGCAGCGACUUUAAGCAUUACUUAGGAUAGUUUUUUACUUGGGUUCACAACAAUCUGGGCACAUUCGUAGGUUACUCACAUUUUUCUGAGAUUUCACCAAGAUUUUUGCGUCUGGAGCACCGGAGACGGAGAUAUUUUUAGCACCACUUGUUUUUAUGGUUUAUUUAUUUUCAGGUGCGGGGCUAGCCUACGGAAAAUUUGGCGUGUCCCGACGUAACUGCACUUGAGGAGUUGUUAAAAGAUGUUUCUAUUUUGAAGUCCGAAUGAAAACUGGAGUUUCCGCUCGAGGAACAUAAACAUUCAGCUGAUAGCUGCAUCUAGCCAACUGCAUUUAUUUGUUUGUCAGCAUCGUUUUAAGAAGAAAUUACUUUAAAAACGAAGUUAAAAACAUUCGACUCCGCCGUUGCUGUUGCGAAAAUACGAGCACUUGCAGUGGGACAUUGGCGCAGAGCUUGAAUUGUGCUAAGAUUAGCCACCUUCUGCAGGACGUUUACGGUUGCCUCUGGGAACUUGAUAAUUUGCCAUUUUUGACACUGGAAAAGCUGCCUUUUAACAAGGCAUUUUGCAAUUACCUGGACCAAAAUGCCUCAGUUAGCCGGAGGAGGCGGUGGGGACCCGGAACUAUGCGCCACCGACGAAAUGAUCCCGUUCAAAGACGAGGGCAAUCCGGAGGAAGAACAAAUAUUCGCAGAAAUAAAUCACCCGGAGGAGGAAGGGGAUUUAGCAGAUAUAAAGUCGUCUCUAGUAAACGAGUCGGAGAUAAAUCCAAACAGCGGCAGUCAUGACGCAGCUAGACAGUCCCAAAUACCCCAGGAUUCAUACCACGAAAAGCACAGGGAUCACAUCGAUGAGGGGAAGCACCACGACGGAUACGGCAAAGGCCAUCCCUACCCGGGAUAUCCCAGCUACAUCAUGAUGUCCAGUAUGAACAGCGACUCGUACCUGAGCAACGGGUCUCUCUCUCCGCCCAUGCCCCGCACGUCCAACAAGGUGCCUGUGGUUCAGCCAUCCCAUGCAGUACACCCGCUCACCCCCCUAAUCACGUACAGCGAUGAACACUUCGCACCCGGACCCCACCCUGGACACCACACCCAGGACCUCAACGGCAAGCAAGGCAUGCAGAGACACCAUCCCGGCCCUGAUAUUCCCAAUUUCUACUCCCUCUCUCCUGGAGGAGUCGGACAGGUGACCCCGCCCUUGGGAUGGCAGGGUCAGCCUAUGUACCCCACCUCGGGUGGAUUUAGGGACCCCUUCUCUACCCCUCACCCAGGCGACACCCACAUCUCCAGGUUUUCGCCCCACAUGGUGCCGGGACCCCCCGGACCCCACGCCACAGGAAUCCCCCACCCCGCCAUCGUCAACCCCCAGGUCAAACACGAGCCCCACCACGACAGUGACCUCAUGCACAUGAAACCUCACCACGAGCAGAGGAAGGAGCAGGAGCCCAAGAGGCCUCACAUCAAGAAGCCGCUCAACGCCUUCAUGCUCUACAUGAAGGAGAUGCGGGCCAACGUGGUGGCCGAGUGCACGCUGAAGGAGAGCGCCGCCAUCAACCAGAUCCUGGGGCGGAGGUGGCACGCGCUCUCUCGCGAGGAGCAGGCUAAGUAUUAUGAAUUGGCCCGCAAGGAACGGCAGCUCCACAUGCAGCUAUACCCGGGCUGGUCCGCCAGGGACAAUUAUGGAAAGAAGAAGAAGCGGAAGAGGGAGAAGAUCCAGGAACCUGCCCCAGGUACAGGCCAGAGAAUGAAAACUGCAUACAUCUGACCAAUGGAGGGAAACAAAACUCUUUCUCCACAUGCAAAGUGAAGGCAGCAGCCAUGGGCCCCCUUUUAAAGAUGGAAGCCUGCUAGAACCUACAGCCAACCCCCCAAAACCCUACAGCCAACACCCCAAAACCCCGCUCUCGUCCAGCACCCCUACUCCCCGAGGGAUGCCCGUUUUUCUCACACCUGCAGCCACAGAGACAAAGAUGGUGGAUUGUAAAGACAAUCACACGGGACUUCACAUGAACACUAUGCUCACAAACAACACAAGAAAUGAGUCUUCGGUUCCCGACACGUCACCUUGCCACCGUUCUGCGAGAGCACAGCCUCAGUCUGUCAGACCGGCACCUUCCCCGCACCUGUUCCUGAGUUAUUUCUGAAACCUCUCUUCCUUUGUUCUGAACACAGUUCCCCUCUGCCUUUUUAAAAAAAACCACAUCUAGGAAAUGUUAGCAAAUCAUAUUCCUGACACACAGAACACCUGAGGGAUCACCGUUGUCAAGGAAAUGUCUGCUUAAAAAGUCUGUUUCAAAAGGCGAUGCAGUGUGAGAAUGCUCAAUGUUCAUCAGCUUUCAUUUUGGUGACGCAUUUAUUUUGAAUGCUUUUAUAUUUUAAUCUGUUUUUUUCCCCCCCUUGGUGUAUAUGUUGUGGUGGUUUUUUAAAAUUUUUAUUUCAAUUUCAAUUUUUUUUUAUUUUUUAUAUAUAUAUAUGAAUCUGAAAUAAGCUUUGGAGACAGGAAAAACAUUUUUGUCUUUUCUUGUGGAAGCAUCUUGUAGAAAUGACAAAUUUAAAAAAGGCUUCUUUUGAUAACUAUUUGUAACAAAUAGUGACCUCUCAGUCUUUGUCAGAUGUACAAUAGAUCCCAGUAUGUGUACAUUAUGAAACAAUGUCAGGACCUGCCACUUACUCUUCUUGAUAUUUUUACAGAUGUUAUAAGGACAAAGUCACAAGAGUAGGUGCUCUGAAGCCUAUAUUUUCUUGUUCUGAAUGGACAAAUGGAAAAAAUAUAUAUAUUUAUCUCAGCACUUGACAGUCUUUCUUAUAUUGCAAUGUAUUUGUCUUCUGUUUUGGUAGCUAAUAGUGUGGUCUUAGGCCAUUUCAAUUCCAUGCAAGCAUUUCUGUAAUAAGUCAUUGAUUUUAUUUUUUAUUUUAUUUUUUGUAUUAACUGAUGCAUUGUUUUGUUGUUUUAUUUUAAAUUACUGUCAACUUGGUACAGCACUUUGCUUCCAAGUAGUUACAUUUUCAAUGUGUUUAAACAUGUUUUUUUUAACAAAAAUAAAAAGGCAGCAUUGACUGAAUCGUA